AUGGGAAAUGCCUUCAGCCUUCAGCGCGCAGUUUGCCGAUCGUCGCUGGCAUUCAUUGGAACUAUUCAGGCAAUCAUGGGUACAUUGGUCCUUAAAGAAUUCGCGGACAUUCCGGCCCAGCAUCGCAAGGAUAACGUUGUGCCAGGCCUCUUUGGUCUUGCACUUCUUGCUGCGUCAGGAUGUGCAUGGCAACUUUUCCUGCAAGGCACGAGUCGCCAGCUGGGACCCGCAGAUGAGGACGACCAGAAGAAUGUGCAGGAGCAUGAGGAAGACCAGAAGAAGGUGGAGGAGUCUUUCAUCAGUAAACCUACGGAUUACGACUGUGUCAUCCGGAUGAUGUCGCUGGCGGAGUUUGCCAAGGAGAAACGCAUUUGGCUCCUGCGCUCUGUUUCGUCCGACUUCAAUCCGGAAGAUUGUCAGGAUGUUCGCAUCAUCUCGGUGGUUGGGCUGUUCAACAAGGGCAAGACCUUCCUGUUGAACAAGCUCUUCGGGCUGAACCUGCCAUCUGGCAAGACUCAGGUGACACAAGGCUUGUCGUGCGUCUACCUGAAAGAGCGACGCAUGCUGCUCAUCGACUCUCCUGGGGUGCAGUCGACUGUGUCGUACAAGUCGGACAGCAUCGACAGGGUUGUGGAUGCCCAGAGCACGGAGGCCUUUCUCUUCGAGCUGGUUUCUCAACUUUCUGACCACAUCAUGUUUGUUGUGAACGACUUCACGUCGUUUGAGCAGAAGUAUGUCCAGAUGUUUGAGCAGAAGGAGCAGUUCAGUCACAAGGCUGCGCGGGAGCUGAUCGUGGUGCACAACUUGGCAUCCACGCAGGAUCCACAGGAGGCGGAGGGGCUGUUCCACAAGCAAAUCACCUCAAGGUAUGACGGUGUGGAAAGCCAUUUGGGCAAGCUGUUCUACACAGCGAGGCGCAACCCGCCCGUCCACCACUUUGCGAUUUGCAAGGAAGGCAGUGCAGCUGGAGAUACCUUCAACCACAGCAACAUCCGCCUGCUGUUGGAGCACUUGGAACACGCCAAGAAGCUGCCUGAGAAGGUGGUGCUGAAGGAACUCCUCCGCAGCAAGGUGGACGACUUGCUGCCCCGCUUCCUGCUCAUGGGGUGCGACGACGCGGGUGGACGAAACCUGGAGUACCACCAGUACCAUGAGCAAGAGGCAAGAGCUGAAGAGCACUUUGAGGACUUCCCGUCCCAUCGCAAGAUCGGCUACUUCCACGUGACCUGUGACAAGCUGGACGUCAAGACCGAGGGUGUGAUCUCGGACCUCGGCGAGGUGAUCUCGUACGACAAGUCGUUCAGCCCGGAGCCCAUGAUCUUCGACCAGAAGACUUCGGAAUACCUUACCCGCACCAUCCUCUUCGAAUGCCCUGGUGUGCGGCCUGAGGGUGUACGCUGGGAUCAGCAGGGGGAGGGCCUGACCAUUCGCAUUGAGAAGUCCAAGCUGAUCGACGAGGGCUCUGUCACUGCGGUGUCCAGCCUGCGGCAGCAGUCUGGGGUCUACGAGAAGAACUUCCGCUUCAUGGAUGGGCCGUUUGAGGUGUCCGAAGACCAGUGCGCCUUGGAGUUUGGAGUGCUGACAAUCAAGCUCAAGAAGUGCCUUAUCAACAAGCGCGGGGGUUUGCAGAGCAUCCAGGAGUCCAGGGUAGAGGCCGUCAGCUACGUGCCAACGUCCUCCUUGCCGUCUGAGGCCGAAGGCCUUUGCCGCGCCCACACGGUUUCUGACGCUCAUCCCUGCGUGAGAACCUCUGGCGGGAAUGCCAGCGAGGGCUUCUUCAAGGUGUCCAGCGACACGGCAGCGACUGCAGACUCCGCGAUCCUGACGCCAGCAAGUGCCUAG